UGCUGAAGGAUGCUGAAGCUCCUUAAUAUUGUUGCCCCAGCUUACUUUCUUUGUGGUGCUGCUGUGACAUUUGCACUCCAGCUUUUCCUCUUCAUCCCUGCAAUCUUUGGGUAUCCCUCUACAAGCAUCCCUCCUUUUACACUCUUCCACGGUGUGCUGUUUCUCUUCCUGGCCACCAAUACAAUGGGGAACUAUAUCCUAACCAUUCUGAACCCCUCAGAAUGUGUGCAAGACAGUACUUUUGACAAGAAGGCUACAGAUCAAGCAGAUGGAGUGGAUAACCAGCUAAUAAAAGCGACCCACUUUUGCAAGCUGUGCAGUAAGGUAAUCUGGAAACGUGACCAUCAUUGCUUAUUUACUGGCAACUGCAUCGGAAAGAGGAAUCUGCGGUAUUUCAUCAUGUUCUGUCUCUAUACCUCUCUCACCUGCCUGUACUCCCUCGUGUUGGGUGUUGCUUAUCUCACUCUGGAAUAUGCACUUUCCUUUGGGAGCCCACUAACUUUUCUUACACUGCUGCCUCUCGCUGUUGCUUAUUUCUUCUUAGGUGCCAUUCCGAACCUGGAGAUGUUCCUGAUCCUCAUGACUUAUGUUUGGUUUGGAAUUGGGCUAGCCUGUGCUGGUUUCAGUUGUCAACAAGUGCUACUUGCAUCCCAGGGACAAACGCGCUACCUAAUGAAAAAAGGACAUCCUGCACCAUAUCGCCACUGGAGAGAGAACCUAGCAGAAGUGUUUGGAACAAGAUGGAUACUGGGGAUUUUUCUUCCUGUGCCAACAGCAAAGCUAAACAGCCAUAGCAGUAAGAACAGCUGAAAACUAGUCCCCAUCUGCAGGCUGUGAUUGCUCACACUUUGCAUUCUAGUGGCAACAAAGCUGAUGCAGUUGAAGUUCUGAAUGCGGAUUAGCCCCGCAGGUUCUAGCUUAGGAUGCCCAUCUGCCAUGGAGCUAGUAAUUACAUUAGGAUAGAUUUUCUCACUGAAAUUCACAUCUCCAUCUUGGAAUAAAUACAGCUGAUGUUUGACUUAGGUAUAGUGAAAGACAAAUUCCUCCAUCCAUUUUAGAUGCUGAGCAAACAGUUAUGUGGUAGUUCUAAUGCCACAAAUCUGGGAUUUAUUGCUGGAUACCAGUCAGUGAAAGGAGGGGAUGGAGAAUGAUAUAUAUGAUUGGAAGCAAGGUGACAGUAUGCCAGACAAAUUAAAGGAAACAUUGUCUCCAUAUGGAGUGGCUGACAUCUAUGGAAACAAAAGGGAGUGUCCCAAACUAACAGUUAUGCAUAGCACAGCCAUUGCACCCCUCUGGAAUCAAGUCAUGCAAGGCAAGCAGGCAACAAGCUGAGCAAGCUUUACCUUACCUUACUUCAUGUGAAGGUGAGGAUAGUUUAACUACUGGUUCACCGACUGACAGCAGCACAAGGAAGAUUUCACUGAAAAGCUGCUUUCAGUGAAGAGUAACUAUUGCCGUUUCUCUAAUGCUGUGUGACCUUGGCGAUGGUAUAUAUAAGUUAGGGGAGGGGUGGCAGAGACACACACACACACACACACACACACACACACACACACACACA